AUGAAAGAAUAUAAAGAUAAAAUAUUCACAUCUCAUUCUAGAGCUAAUUCUAGUUCUACAAAAAAUGAAUUAAAACAUCAUACUCAAAAAUCUAAAUCUCCAAUUUGGGAUAGAAUGAAUUCAUAAAAUUCCCAAAAAAAGAAAAUCUUUGAUGAUGCUCCUCUUAUAAAAAGAAGUAAACCUUAGAUUUUUAGUAAACCUGAAUGGAAAUAAAAUAAUGUUUAAUUAACUAAACAUGUAGCUUCAUAACCAUCUGAAGAUUUAGAUGAAAGCAGUUUGACAAUAUAGUUUUUAAUGACUGAAGAUAAAGACAUAGAUGAAAUGUAUUAUAAAGACAAUAAUGAAUCUGAAAUCUUGAGUUAUUUGAUUACAUAAAUGGGUAAAAGACCGACUCUUGAAAUUUAAGGUACUAUGAUUGAAAACUUAACUCGUAAAAAUAAUGAAAUAAAGAAACAACUAUCUCUCAAAUUAAUGGAAAAUUAACAUUAAUUGAAUUGGGGUUAUUAUAUGUGGGAUGCUUUAUCCUUUCGAGUUAAUUAAUGCUGUGCUAGAAUUGCUAGAGCUAGAUUAGUCUUAAAAUUAUUGAAGUAGACUCAUAAAGAUUUGGGAUUGAAGAUCUAAAACAAACAAUAAUAAAAAGAAGAACUUGAAAUUAAAAUAUCAAAUGUUAUUAAAUUUAGAUAACGAUAUUAAUAAGUUCAUGAUCUUGUUUGUGAAUUAAAUAAAGAUCAAGUUACCAGCAAUAGUUGGUCCUUAUACAAAAUUAUAUCCAUCAAAGAUUUAGUCUGGACUUAAUCAAGAGAUAUGAAAUAAUAGAUGCACUUAUAUUAUUGUUUUAAUGAUAUAAGAGGAUAUAUAGAAACCCUAUUCUAAUAAUAAUUAGAAUAUUCUUAUCGUUUUUUCACUUAAAACAUUAUUCUCACAUUUGUUUAAAAUAAUAAAGACAAAGACGAAUUGUUUAAAAUGUUAGAUAGUAUGUGUGAUUACCUCUAAUAUUAUGAAUUGAAUAAUAAAAGUGUAGAUAUUAGCAAAUAGAUAAGAAUUUCUCUAUAAAGUCAAUUUAGAAGUAUCAUUAGAUAACAAUUGAAAAAUGAAAAUGUAGACAUCAAACCAUUCAAUUUUAAUAAAUAACUUAUGGUAUUUUAAUUAAGUAUUCUAUUAGAAAAAAGGAGUUAAAUAUGAUUGCUUACAUACAUUGAAUAAAUACUUGACAGCAUUUUUAACAUCAUUCUAUCUUACAUCAUUUUCACUAGGUUUGAUUGUUUAGUAAUUCUAAAAAUUGCUUUAAAUUAAUGCUUAAUCAAAGAAAUAACCUUUAUUAAAAAAGGUUGGUUUUUAAUACAAUAUUGAAAAGAAUCAGUUCUGGUAAUAUAUUUAAGAUAAACUUGUCAAGAGUAUAAGAAAUACAAAAAUGGAUGCAUAAUGUGUUUAUUAGGAUUGGAUAAGAUUUGAGGCUCUAAUUUUUAAAAUUAUUUAAAUAGGAGAAGAAUUAAGUAACUUAAAAUCUUACACACUCUUGUUUCAUUUAAAAUAGACUUUGAGAUUGAUUGCAUAAGGAUUGAGUAUCAAUGUUAUUUAAUGUUUGAGCAUUCAAAAAGGGAUGGGUUCAACCAAUAUUAUAAAACCUUUAUAUCAAUGCGUAUUAUUUAAUAAAUUAGAUUUCUAUGUGGAAUAAAGAAGGCUAAAUAUUCAAUCUUAAUAUUUGAACUCAUUUUUAGAAAUCAAAAAUAUCUUACCUCAUUUUGAAUAAUAAUAACCUUUAUAAUCUAUAGAAAGUCCUUACAAUAAAAAAGAAGAAUACUUCUUUAUAGUAAGUUAAUUUUAAGAACUACUUUUUUUCGCUUAAAAUAUUAAAUAGUUUAGAAUCGAUUGUUUUUUGCAUACCAUACAUUGUUUUGAGUUCUACUGUUAUCUUUUGAUCCGAAAUGAUCUUUAUCCUCAGAUAAAAUAGCUUUAAUUUGAAUUGCCUUCAUAUGAAGACAAUUUUGAAAAUCUUGUAAUAGCUCAUCAUUACAUUACUAAAUAUGCUAGAUUUGGUACCUUCUAAUAAAUGUUAAUGAAAUAGAUAGAUAGCAUAAGAUCUUCAAAUUUAUAAAUUUAAGUAGUUUACUCUUCUUUUUGCUUGAGAGAAAUUUUGGAGAAUUUAACUCUUUGUAUUUAGAUUUAUGAUUUUAUCAAAUAAUCUUAUCAAUAUUAGGAAGAUAUUGAGUUCAUAGAAUGUUAUUUGAAUAAAACAAAACAAUGGCUUGAUUAAUUAAAGUUUUUAUGGAUUUACACAUAAGGAUUGAAGGAUAGUGAGAUUGAGAAUAAAUAAAUAAGUAGUUAUUAGAUUAUGUAUAAAAUGACAUAAAUUAUGCAUCAAAUAUCAGUGAUAUCAUUGAACAACUAAGUUAUUAAGCCAGAAGAGAUAGGAUAGAUUUAUUAUCAAGCUUACAGUGAGAAUUUAAUGGAGGUAAUAAUGGGAAUUUUAAAUAAAUAAAAUAAAUAAUAAUUGCUUGGAGAAUUAUAAAAAUUUUUAAAAUAAGUUAAUGGAUAGUAUUAGAGUUAAUAAUUUGAUUGUUUUGUACGGUUGUUGGACAUAAAAAGUUAGGGUCAGUAUUAAGAAUAGGUGAAUAAAUUAAAAUUAUUGAGUCUAAAAACCUAAAUUUCUAUAUUGUAGAAGGAAAUCAACUUGGAUUAGAAAUGCAUCACUCAAAUAUACGUAAGUUAUGUAAAUGAAAAUGUUUGA